UGACGACUCGUACGCGCUCGCGCUUUCCUCUCUCUCCCGUUGCGUUUAGGAGGAAUCCGAUACUGUGAAACCCCAAAGCUCAGAGCGUCGAAAAUGGGAGUUAGUCUGGUGGGAAAGAAGGUGAUUCUGGUUCCAUACAUGGCAGAACACGUGCCAAAAUACCACGAAUGGAUGCAAGACCCAGCUAUGCUACAAGCCACUGGAUCCGAGCCCCUCACUCUUGAUCAGGAGUACCAGAUGCAGCUCUCAUGGAACCAAGACCCCUACAAAAAAACUUUCAUUGUAUUGGAGAAGCAUUCGGUUGUGGGGGAGUUUUUUCAUGGAGAUCCUCAUGUUGAAGCCAUGGUGGGUGAUGUGAAUAUCUAUAUGAAUGACCCAGAUGAUCCUCAAAUGGCAGAGAUUGAAAUAAUGAUAGCCGAAUCCAAAUGCCGUGGUAAAGGAAUUGGAAAGGAAUCAGUUUUAAUCAUGAUGGCAUUUGCAAUUAAGAACUUGGGGAUCCACAUCUUUCGAGCCAAAAUUGGAGACUCAAAUACACCAUCCCUUACUAUGUUCCGAAAAUUGGGUUUUGAAGAGAUCUCCCAUAGUGAAAUCUUCCAAGAGGUGACUUUAGAGCUAAAAUUAACAGAGGCCAAGAGCAUUGAGCUGUUACGUCUGAUGGAUGAUGUGGUUACACAUUCGUAGCUUUGAAGUUCCUUUCUGAUUUUUCUAUCUACCUCUGCAUCUUCUCCUUCAGAGGUUUAGAGUUGUUUGACCUUAGAUAUAUGCUUAAACAUGUAUCAACAUAGAUUUAUUAGAAUACGGAUCACAAUAAUAUUUAAAACCAUGGCAGAUGAUGAUUCUUGCUUGUUGGACAAUCAUAACCUCUACUUAAAGACUACUUGAGUAAUAUCCUUAUUGACAGAACUACUUCCUUUUCUUGGCAAAUAUCCAAACUAGUUCGCGAGUAUUAUGCCUA